AAUCGAUACAUGCAUAUAUAAAAUGUUUGCACUUUCUCCGUUUUGCCUAUUUCAGUUAAACUGUUCCUUCUAUAUGGGAUGGCUUUUGUGCAAGAAGACGUGGUCUCGCCUGCAAGCGGUUGCGACAGUAAAGCAAUCGCCUCUCCUCUCUCUUUCAGGUUGCAAAAUUCCUGACCGAUUUUUUUUUGUGUGUGUAUAUUUAUAUUUGUUAUUUAAAUGCUCCGCAACAAAACCCAAAAAAAUUGAAAUAAUUGAAGCGAUUCACACGGUAACGAUGAUUGUUUUGCAAAUAUAUUGCCUAAAAUUUCGCGUGCGAAUUGAUGGAUGAACCCCGUCAUCUGGGAGAAUUGCAGGGUGCGUCUGCAGGAAUCGUGCCUUGGUAACAACAAAUGGGUGUCGCAACCUUCCUUGAAAAUGCCAAUUCACUUUCACGCUGGGCACUUUGCGGUUUUUGGUCCACGAAUGGCUUUGCUACAGCAGUGCAAAAGUCAAUCGUUUGUAUCGAGCGAAAGAAAAAUUUAGAGCAACAUUGUUCAGACUUAUGCAACUCUGAAACGAAAGAAGCCUUGUUGUUUACAUUAGUUAAUAGCAACAAGUGCGGCGAUGAUACUUCCGAUUUGCGGACGACGCAUUGUUGUUCGUGUUGCUGUUGUUGUUGUAAUAUAAUGUCCCCGAUUAUGUUUCAGAAGGAGAGACUCUUCGGUGCAGCUUUCUCCAACGGCCGGAGAGACGUGAGCCGUUCGCUCUUCGUGAAUUUUCUGAGGCGCGCUAUGUUGUUAGUUGUUCGCGAACUUUCGAACGGAGCGCAGCGCACUCUGCUCCCGUUUAUUAAUUUUCCACGCUUUUCCGCACGUUUCGUUGGGGAGAUAGUAUUUCUUUUGCACUUUAUAUAAUGACCGAGAAGGGCAAGUCGGAGAAGAGCGCGGAGAACAAUCUCACCAUCUCGACGAAGCUCUCCACCGAUCACUUGAUAUGCAAGACGCCGCAGGAAUCGCCGAUGUCGAGCAAAAGGGAUCUGCAGUAUGUGGCGCAGAAGGGAGGCAGUGAUAAGAACUGUUACAGUGUCUUCCUCUAUCUGGGAGUUCUGCAGAUGCUCUGCGGUCUUCUGAUGUCCGUUUUCGGAAUCCUCGUAAUCCUACACGAUUCCAGCUUAUCACAGAUCGGGGGUGGUAUCUGGGGCGGUUGUCUGGCUGUAGCCGCCGGAACUGCCGGUAUCCUUUCUUCGGCCAAAGAUUUCUGUCCGUUGAAGAGCGGAGCGCAAAAGGUAGCGCAAACCGUCUUCUUGGCGUUGAGUCUCAUAAGUUUGGCGAUAGCCCAGUUGGUGCUCGUCUUCGCGGCGACAGGAUUGGCUCGGGACGUGCAGAAGAGCGAGAUCAUCCAGAUCGAUGCCGAGGAGGACGCAACUGAUGACAUAAUCGAAGUGUUGCCAUCGAAUUACCCCGCACUUUUAUCCAACAUAGGGCUUCUCGUGGUUUCCGCAUUGGAGUGCGUCUGUGCAGCUGUUGCUUCUUAUAGGGGCGCGAGAGCGGUCUGCCCUUGCUUCAAGCGUGAAGAGGACAACCUGCACAGUAAUCUGAAGAUUGGCGCUGGCGAUUCCCUGGUGAACUCUUGGCUCGGUAAACAUCCACAGGUGGCAUCCGGACCGCAGCAGAUCUAUGUGGUGCAUUCAGCGGCGCCCGUCCCCUCCGCCGCACCCUCGUCAAUCGGGAAGCACAGCAAGUUAUCCAUCUCCCCAAUUUACACACUUCCACAGCCGGUUUAUGGUCAGACGAUUUACCCAUUGAUUCCAGCUCCGCUGGGUCCUGUACCUUCGCCGAUCAUCCCGACUCUUCCGAAAGAUAGGAAUUACCGACGUCCAAGACAAAUUCCGUUCUCGCAAAUCCAACUCCAACAACAGCAGCAGCAACAGCAAAUGAGAUCGAAGAGCAGGUCACGCAGUAAAUCAGUAGAAAAACACGUAGUUACAGAUGAAGAUGUUGCAAAGACAUACACGGGACUGGACAGGACGAUUGCCGAAGAGUUCAUCGAGAUCUGCGAUUCGCGAAAUAAUAGCCUCUGCAGCGAUUCCAGCAACGGCGGCUUCAAUACCAGCGACAUCGGCUCAAGAGACUACCUAAUCGACAAGAUGUAAAACCGACUGGAUUGAUGAAGUCGAGUAUGAGAAUAUUAACCAAUUUUGUAUAUAAUAAUAAUGUAUUUUUUAUAUAUAUAUAUUUGUAUAUAUGGAAAGAGAAAUUUUUUAUAAUAUUGUUAUCAUGUGAUAUUUGUACAUGCGGGGCUGUUCCUACUGCUUGUGUAUAGCUGUAAAAACUCGAACGAGUGUAGCAUAUAGCCCUUUUAUUAACUGAAUUCGAGAUCAUUUAUUAACGUUCGUAGUUAAUUGAAAUCAGUCACUUCAAUUGAGCAAAUAAUCACGAAAAUUCCCACUUACAUAAGAUAUGCAGAUUUGAAACGCUGUGUUUAUUUUUUG